AUGCUCUUUGCUUUAAACCUUUCCCACAAUAGCUUGACAGGACCAAUCCCGCGGGCGUUUUCUAACCUCAAGGACAUGGAAAGUCUAGAUCUUUCCUACAACAAUUUGUCUGGGAAUAUCCCUCCUGAGUUUGCGGUGUUACAUUUCUUGGAGUACUUCAAUGUGUCGUACAACAACUUAUCUGGAAAGACGACAGAGAGGGCUGGGCAGUUGGGAGCCUUUGAUGAAAGCAGCUAUUUGGGUAAUCCUUUUCUUUGUGGUUCAUUGGUAGGAAGGAACUGCUCGCCCAUCGACGUUGCACCACCAUUGACACCAAAGGCUUCAACUGGCAAUGCAGAAGACCAUGGUUUAAUUGAUAUGGAUGCCUUCUAUGCAAGCUUCUUCGCGUGUUACAUAGUGGUGGUGUUGUGUAUCGCAGGUGUUCUGUACAUAAAUCCUUAUUGGAGGCAAGCAUGGUUCUACCAUGUACAAACGAUCGCUAAUUCUUGCUACUAUUUUGUGGUAGACAAUCUCCCCAGAAAAUUUCGUGGUGGAUAUAUGUAG